GGGUUUCUCUUUAAUCUGUGCGCCCAUUUGUCGGUCCCCAACUCCACUGCGGAAUUCUCCAUUUAGUAACCUGCAGGAAAUGCGGCCAAGAUUUAGGGAGGACCAACCCAGGUGCUGGAAUUUGAGCUUUGAGUGCAAGCCUCGCAGCCCGCACCGGCCGGACUUGCAGCAUUUUCUGGGCUCCGCAACCUGCUGGUGACCAUCUUCAGCACUAAUCUCCACUGCAGGAGACCCCGCGCCCGUGUUUUCCUUGGACUUUGCUUGCUAUAUAUUCCUGCACAUGUGUGAUGUCUCAGAAGCCGGUUGUGUACAGACGCUGGGCAAGCUGCCCCCGCCCCCGGCGUCCUGCUCGUUAAUCUAGAGCUAUGCGGGAGCCCGGGCGGCGCCGGGCCGGGUGGGGGCCACGGCGGGGCCGAGGUGCGCGCGGUCCGCGGAGCUCAGUUGUGCUGCUGUUUUCUCCGCAGGGACGGCGACUCCCGGCUGGCAGCGGCGCGUCCCCGGGCUGUGAAUGCGACUCGCUCAUUCUCCGCGCUCCCCGCCCGCCCGCCCGCCGGGACGUGGUAGGGGAUGCCUAGCUCCUCUGCGAUGGCAGUUGGCGCGCUCUCUAGUUCCCUCUUGGUCACCUGCUGCCUGAUGGUGGCUUUGUGCAGUCCGAGCAUCCCGCUGGAGAAGCUGGCCCAAGCUCCUGAGCAACCCGGCCAGGAGAAACGCGAGCACGCGUCUCGGGACAGCCCCGGGAGGGUGAGCGAGCUCGGGCGCGCUGCGAGGGACGAAGGCAGCAGUGCCCGGGACUGGAAGAGUAAGGGCAGUCGCGCGCUCGCAAGUCGGGAGGCGUGGAGCAAACAGAAGCAGGCCUGGACUGCCCAGGGUGGGAGUGUCAAGGCCGCGGACUGGCAAGUCCGGCCUCGGGGGGACACCCCGCAGGGGGAGCCCCCGGCCGCCGCCCAGGAAGCGAUCAGCCUAGAACUCGUGCCCACACCAGAGCUGCCUGAGGAAUACGCUUACCCAGACUACCGGGGCAAAGGCUGCGUGGACGAGAGUGGCUUCGUGUAUGCGAUCGGGGAGAAGUUCGCCCCAGGUCCCUCAGCCUGCCCGUGUCUGUGUACGGAAGAGGGACCCCUUUGCGCGCAGCCAGAGUGCCCGCGGCUUCACCCACGCUGCGUCCACGUCGACACUAGCCAGUGCUGUCCGCAAUGCAAGGAGAGGAAGAACUACUGCGAGUUCCGGGGCAAGACCUACCAGACUUUGGAGGAGUUCGUGGUGUCUCCGUGUGAGCGGUGUCGCUGUGAAGCCAAUGGUGAAGUCCUAUGCACAGUGUCGGCCUGUCCCCAGACGGAAUGUGUGGACCCCGUGUACGAACCCGACCAGUGCUGCCCCAUCUGCAAAAACGGCCCAAACUGCUUUGCAGAAACUGCUGUCAUCCCAGCUGGUAGAGAAGUAAAGACCGACGAAUGCACCAUAUGUCACUGUACUUAUGAGGAGGGUACGUGGAGGAUCGAACGGCAAGCCAUGUGCACAAGGCAUGAAUGCAGGCAAAUGUAGACUUCACAAUACAAAAACUCUUAUGUUUUUCUAGAAUAUUUUACUAAUGUGACAUUCUAGAUGACUCUGAGAAAUAUCAAUCACAAAGAGAAGACUUUGGAUAAGGACUCAAGGAGAAUGGUUGGUACUUUUCCUUUUCUUGGUAACAAUUA